UGACUUGUUCUCGUUGCGGAAGUUGAAGGGGAUCCAAGAAUAGUUCAGAUAGAUGUGUGUAAUUUCUAGAGCAGAACCCCGAGAGAAAUGAAACGCCCGAUUCCAGAAUGACACUUUGAUGUCACUUCAGCGAGCCCUGUGAGGUGGAAUACGGUAAGACAUUUUCAUUUAAGGAAAAAUGAGAGAGAAAGAGAGGAGGGGGAACAGUGCUGAUUUGUGAGGCCCUGGCUUUUUUUUUUAAAAGCUUUUUUUUUUUUUUUUUGUUCUUGCAGAAGCUCCUAACGCUCAGGAAGUGGAAUUUGUGGUUUAGGGGGCCGAGCUCUGAAGGAGUUGAGAGAGACAGAAAAGAAAAAAAAAAAGCCAACUCAAGCACCAUUGCUCCUUAAAGGGAGGCUAAAUUUAAAGUCACCCAAACUAGCAGGCUGCGGCGCAAACCCCGUCUGCAGCCCAGCUUCCUUCUCCCCUCCAAAUGGGUCGCCUCCCCGCCGCCGCCCCGCGGGAGAGUCGGGGGUGACGCUCGCCGCCGCCGUGCCCGGCUUUUGGAGAGGGAGUGCGGCCGCGCCGGCCGUGGCAGCACCCCACCAUGCCGAGGUCCUUCCUAGUGAAGAGCAAGAAAGCGCACAGCUACCACCAGCCCCGCUCCGCCGACGAGGACUACAGCCUGCGGCUGGAGACGGUGCUAGCCCAGAUCUGUGCAGACAGCAAGAUCCCCGAGGACGCGGGGCUGUGCCGCACCGUCCUGCCCGAUCCGGAGCCUUCCCAGGGGCGCUUCUCCCCGGAAUCCCACCUUACCGAGGCUGCCGAUGGCACCUCCGAGUCGGCGCCCAGCUGCGAGGGCAGCGUGUGUGACAGGGUGUCCGAGUUUGAGGAUUUCUGGAGACCUCCCUCGCCCUCCGUCUCGCCAGCCUCAGAGCGAUCUGUGUGUCCGUCCCUAGAUGAAGCACCCCCCUUCUCGGUGCCCUUCAAACCGUACAUGUGGAACAGCCUGGGUGGCUCUGAGCUGAGGCACCUUGUGCAAAGUUACAGACCCUGCCCGACGCUGGAGCGAACCUCAGCCCUGGGGCUCUUCUGCGAGCGAGGCUCCGAGCCUGCCCUCUACAGUGCAGAGUGUAGCUCUUCCCUCGGACUUUAUGGUGACUUCGGCUCCCCAGGCCCAGGGCUGUUUGAGCGGCCGCCGGCAGCAGCACCCGGACUCUAUGCUGAGACGCAGCCCGGGCUGCAGCAAGAGAAGGGGCGAGGUGGCAUCAAAGUGGAGUCGGACCUCUUGUGCCGCCCAUUGCUCAUCAGCACUGGCUCUUACAAGUGUGUCAAGUGCAGCAAGGUCUUCUCCACGCCGCAUGGCCUUGAGGUACAUGUGCGCCGCUCACACAGUGGCACGAGGCCCUUUGCCUGUGACAUGUGUGGCAAGACCUUCGGCCAUGCAGUCAGCCUGGAGCAGCACAAGGCCGUGCACUCACAGGAACGCAGCUUUGAUUGUAAGAUUUGUGGCAAGAGUUUCAAGAGAUCUUCUACUCUGUCCACCCACCUGCUCAUCCACUCGGACACCCGGCCCUAUCCGUGCCAGUACUGUGGGAAGCGGUUCCACCAGAAAUCCGAUAUGAAGAAACACACCUUCAUUCACACAGGUGAGAAGCCUCACAAGUGCCAGGUGUGUGGAAAAGCCUUUAGUCAGAGCUCCAACCUCAUCACCCACAGUCGGAAGCACACAGGCUUCAAGCCCUUUGGCUGUGAUCUGUGUGGCAAAGGCUUCCAACGAAAGGUGGAUUUACGGAGACACCGGGAGACACAGCACGGCCUGAAAUGACUCACAUCUGCAAUAUGGAAAGCACCUACAACACUAUGAGAACAGACUCCCUUGGCUUCCCUGCUGGACCCAAGCCCUGUCCUGAGCGCAGACCCUGGCAUUACCUUUCUGACCAGGAGCUCGGAGAGGAAAGAAGAGGACAGGGCCAUGCAUUGAUAGCUCAACUCGAAUGACUGUGAAAGCGGAAAUUAAAGGCUGGGGUUUCUCUCUUUCUCUUCCCCUCUCUGUUUCUGAAAUAACACUGGAAAAUAAGCCUAUUAGAUAUGAAGCCUGAUACUCCAAAGACGGAUAAGCUACCAAAUAUCUGUAAGCUGGAAAAUAUUUCUCCCAUGGCCAAGAUGAACCAACCCCCUGAAGUUUUCAGUAGCUUGAAUCACCUUGCAGGGAAACAUGGGUAUAACAGUGUUUACAUGGUAAUGACAGAGAGCCAUCAGCAUGUGGUGUAGGGAGCGCUUGCCUUGGUUGAGUUGCAGUGCUGAAUGGCUUCACUCUUGGUUUCCUGUCAGGAAAACCUGGAGGAUCAGGACUGAACCGUGCAAUUUCACGUCUUGCUGGUUUUUAAGCAAGGGUACCAGCUUGAGCCUGAUCCUGCUCUCACUUGUUCUGGUGCAAAUCAGGAGCUGCAUUAACAGUUACAGAGAGGCCCUUUCUAUCCUCCCAGAGCCAUCUCUCUGUGCAAGGCCUGGCUGUGUGCGUGUGUGUUUGAGGCAUGAGGGGUUACUUCUUGCUGCAUCCACUGGGGAGAAGGAAGCUUGUGAAAGACAAGUGGAAGGGCCAAAGCACAGAGUUACGCCUUGUAACCGGAAACCCAUCCAACAAGUGAUCCUGACUGAGGAGGGCAGGAGCACCAGGGAGGCACAGACUUUCUGUCCAGAACCAUUACUGGCUUCUGCACUCUGGGCUUGUUCUAAUAACUGGAAAAUAGCUACUCAAUAGCAUCAUUUGUAUAUUUGGUUUUGUUUUUUAAUUUUUAAAGGGAAACUCAGCUGAGGUGGGCAGGAAUCAUUAUAAAAGUAUAACUGAAUUUGCCUUAAAUGACCCUGCAUGUACCUCAGUUUAAAAAAAAUGCUGUUUUUACUCUUGACAGGUUUGUAAAUGUCCUUAUUUAGAUUUUAUGGAGUGUCUUAUGUUUAUUGGUACAUAUUUAUUGGAACAAUGUUUUAAGUUAAUAAAGUAUUGAGGAUGGUCCAGA